AUGAUAAACGAAAGUUUCACAAAUGGUUAUAUAUCUAAUAUAUUAGAUAUAAUAUCUAUACUCGCGAUUUUUUGUGGUAUAUCUGUAAUUGUAAAUAAAAAUCCUAUAAUAUCUGUAUUAUUUUUAAUAGGGUUAUUUGCUAGUGUUUCUUCUUAUUUAAUUCUAUUAGGUUUAAGUUUUAUAGGUUUAGCCUAUUUAAUAGUAUAUAUAGGAGCAAUAUCUAUUUUAUUUUUAUUUAUUUUAAUGCUGAUAAAUAUUAGAAUAAGUGAACUUCAAAGUAAUACUAAUAAUAGUAUACCUUUAACAAUUAUUCUUGGAAUUUCUCUUAGUUAUUCUUUAUUUCAAUUGUUACCUUAUGAUAUAGCUAUUUUAAGUAAUUUUAGUAGUAAUAUAAAUAAUAAUUUAUAUAAUCUUUCUAUGAAUAAACAAAAUAACGGAAAUUUGGAAUUAAUACCACUCCCGCAGUUUCACUGCAGCCUAAAAAAUAAUGACUUAUUAUUUGUUACUAGUAAAAUAUGAGAUGGAAAUUUGGCAGAAAGUAAUCAUAUAACAACUAUAGGUAACGUAAUGUAUAGUAACUAUAGUAUCUGAUUGUUCUUAGCUAGCUUUAUUUUACUAUUAGCUAUGGUUGGAUCUAUAGUGAUUAUAAUGAAAUCUAAUGCUUCUUGAGGCGGAGCCUUACCUAAUACGAGGGAAACCAAAACCGAGGGGAGGUAG